AUGGAUAUUACUCUAGCCUACGCGAUCGGUUUGGGCGGCUUGUUGUUUCUCCUCAUUCUCAUGAACUUUCGCCAGUGGCUUCUGUUUGGUUGGAAGAAGGUCGUACCCUUCUCCCUCAAAUAUUUUGUGUAUCCACAGAUUCGUCACCGGUUGACUGGGGCGUGGCACCCGGCUGGUGUCAUUGCAGGGCUUCUGUACAGUGGGGUCAACGUCUUUUGUGUCUGCUUCAAAGUGCGCUCUGUCUGGGUGGCCGGUCUGCGGGCGGCCAAUCUCUCGCUCAUCAACCUGAUCCCUCUCAUGGCGGGCCCUCAUCUGAGUUUUCCAGCCGAUCUCUUGGGCGUCACAUUACGCACGUACCGGCGAUUUCAUCGUUCCUUAGGGCUCAUGUCAUCGGUCCUGUUGGGCUUCCACGUUCUCACUGUGCUCGUGGAGAAGAAACCAUUUCCCUUGCAGAUCUCGGAAAACCUCUUUGGACUGAUCGGGACAAUAUCAUUGGGCAUCCUCGUGCCUCUCUCAAACCCAUUGCUUCGCCGUCCGUUCUACGAGUUCUUCCUUCGCCUGCAUCAGACCCUGGCUGUCACGGCGACUUACAGCAUAUGGAGCCACUUGAAGAAGAGCCAUUCUCUUCCACAAAAGUACAUUUACGUUACCAUUGGUACAUUCUUGCUGACCGUUCUCGUCCAAUGCGGACUCAUUGUGUACCAAACCGGAGUGGUAGGGAACGGGUUCGCCAGAGUCAAGAUCACCAAUAUCAAAGAAAUGCUGAACAGGGAGCAUGUCAUCAUACAGCAGGAAGUGAUGACGCUUCAAGUACGCCUCACCUCGCCAGUCCAGGUGAAGCCAGGGCAAUACAUCUGCUUAUGGAUUCCCUGGUUUGGCCUCCUGCAGAGCCACCCUUUCAUUAUAACAUCCUGGUCGGAUGAAAGUCUAGAAUCCUUGGACAUUUUCGUGGAGCCACGUGACGGCCUGACCAGAAAGCUUUUGCGAUAUUCGGACUCUAGCCGCGGGAGCGGCACUUUAUACAAAGCCUUGUUCAGUGGGCCUCACGGUACUACCGUCCCAGCUGGAACUUAUGAGACGGUCUUAAUGAUGGCGGAUGGCUUUGGUGUCGUCUCGUACCUCCCUUACCUGAAGCAGCUCAUUCAUGGAUAUAAUGCCUGCAAGAUUCGCACUCGUCGAAUCCAUUUGGUGUGGCAAUUGGAGACAAAAGAUUUGGGAUAUGCCGCCGCAGACUUGUUGAAUGAUGCGCUCGUCGGUGACACACUUAGUGUCGAUAACGGCACCGACGAUAUGAGCGACGAAAAGUCGGCCAAGGGGAAGAUUCUCAGUAUUUCGAUCUACAUCCGCUGGGCGAGCCAGGAUCGAGUGCCAUUUGGGAGACGCGCGAUCGCGUACAGUGGCAUGGCUGAUGUGGAAGCGAUUUUCCAAGAAGAGGCGGCAGGGAAACACAUCAAACGGGUACAGGAGGAAUCAGGCGAGAGGGGAGAGAUGUUGGUGAUGGUGUCUGGAAGCAACGACCUUCGAGAUCGGUUGCGACGUCUAGUCCGUCCCUUGGCUGAUAAGAAAGUCAGGCUGGAGGAACUAGAAUAUCAGCCCGGUGACUAG